AUGCCCUUGAAGGAAAGUGCGGGACUCUUCCUCUCCCUCUCUGCUCUGGUUGGAGAUGUGACCACUUUGCUCCUACUGCCAGUACCUGUGGCCCUGGCCCAGUUNCAGCCAGGCCCAGACGCCCGGCUGCUCCGCACCGCUCGCGGGGACCUCCGCGGCCACCAGGACCCCAGCAGAAUCCCCGAGACAUCAGGCAGCGAUGCCAGCGGCACACAGAGCAAGCAAAGCAAGUCGCAGCAGCUGAGAAAGAUUUUCCAGGAAUAUGGGGCCGUCGGUGUGUCCCUGCACAUUGGGAUCUCAUUACUCUCCCUGGGCCUGUUUUACAUGGUCGUUUCAAGUGGUGUAGACCUGUCUGCAAUCCUGCUUAACCUUGGAUUCAAAGAGUCGCUGGUGCAGUCAAAACUGGCAGCAGGCACAGGUACCUUUGUGGUGGCCUACGCCGUGCACAAGCUGUUUGCACCCGUGAGGGUCAGCAUCACCCUCGUCUCCGUGCCCUUCAUUGUCAGAUAUUUGCGGAAAGUGGGACUUUUUAAACCGCCAACGGCAAAGCCUUGAUGAACACUUCAGUUGCAGGCACUGAAAACCUCCUUUUCGAUUGUACAGUUUGGAUUUUUAGGGUCGUGAGCUUUGCUCAUUGCUAUGUUCUCACAGAUAAAGCUUACCGUUGCCACCAAAAAUCAGGUUUUUGAAUAAUGAUAAUUUUAGGCUUUAUAAAUUUUGCUAAUGCUACUCACGGUAGGGCUAUGCACACAAUCUGAAAUGUUAGCAUCACAAAUGAGUUAACGUCUCAAAAUUAAACAGCCUCCUAAAUGUUCCUUCUAGAAGGUCCUAGGUGGGUCUGUCUGCAAAAGCCCUGGGGGUUCCUCAUGCUCACGUUCUUUAAAAGCAAUGAUUAAUUUAGCCGGCUCUUAAAAUUCCCCUUCCUUUGAUGUGUUGUCAGCAGCCUGCAGUUUAAUGUGCAGUAUUCUGCAAAACAGCUGCCAGCGCUACAAUUAAUGAAGCAAAAGUUAACAAUUUUAUGUGAUUGUAAUCUAAAUUAGCGUCAGCCCUUUGACAUACAUUACACUUGUUCUGGGGAAAGAAAACAAGUACUUCCGGUGUGUUUCGCUGAUCCCUAAACACCUCCAAAUGUGGCCAUCUCUGAGUUUGAAGUGGUUUUUCUGAAAUUUCAUUAAAGUGGGGCAGGUCACUUGUCUGUUUACGUGAGGUGGGAAAACCUUGCCCAUUAGUAAUGGAACCAUGUGGCUUCUGAAGCCUGCGUUCAGACUUUGGAUGCCACACAUACGAAAAGAUCAUCUUAGCCCUUUCUGGACAAUCUUUCUCUCAUUUCAAACUUCAGACAUUCCAGAAUUGCCACAAUGUUUACAUUGUGUCACUAUAUAUAUAUAUAUAUUUUUUUUUAAACUGAACUAAAAUUAUAUACAUGAAAGACUUGUACUACUUCCCAGAAAGGAAAGUCAGUAGCACUUGUUAUAAAUAGAAGACAACCAUGAAAUAAUAUUUAUGCAAGCUGGGAAGGAAAAGAGGCUGGCAGAUAUCAUUAGUCCACCAAGCUGGUUUUGGAGAUUAGAAUUCAAGUACAGAGACCCUAACUUCUGGCUUCCUCCUCUUGGUAGGUGGUUCGGACUUUUCUACUGGGAACUCAGGUUUAUUAAAUCUGCCAUGCCGAAUGGUUGAGGGAGUGCUGUCUUUAUCUUUCUGGCUUGCAACUCUUAUCUUUAAAAAAUUAUUUCCGUGACAGUUAGGAAACUAAAGAAACCAUUAAGUGUUGGUUUUACCGUGCUGUGGUUGUGGACAGUCCCCUAGUUAAACCAUAAUCACCUAUGCCAAUCAGUUAUCUUGAUUAACAUUUAAAAGGAUUUUUAUGGAACGUUCUCCACUUGCAAAAUUCCUUUUUUUUUCCAGUACUAAGGACCUUGUGUUUGCCAGGCAGGUUCUGUGUGACUGAGCUACAUCCCGGGUACAAAAUUACUUUAAAAUGGAACUUUUUGUUUUCCUUUCAAAGCCACUGGCACAUUGCCAGCCUUUCUGGAUUUAAAGCUGGAACUGCCUUUCUGGGAUCGAAUUCCCAGGAUAUCUCCAGGUCAGCUCCGCAUGCCCGGUGACACCAGUGAUAGUUUCUUAUAUGGACCAGACAGAAACCUUCCCAUCUCAUCUUGUAUUUAAACAGUGGCUUGUUCACUUUGGGCUCCUAUUCCCCAUUUAUACCAGUGCAAAAUGCCUAUGCAAAAAAAGCUGAAAGCCCUAAAAUGCAGGGGCUUAAAUCUCAAUCUUUAUGCGUUAGGAGUAAUAGGAGUGGACCGCAAGGGCGAGCAAUAAAA